AUGGACCUUUCCAAAACGCUCAUUCGGACGGUGGCGCGUGCCUUUUAUGAGACCCGGCACAUAUUGGUGGUUGAUGCGCUGUUCCUGCAUUCAGUCCUUCAUGCCGAGGACCUUGCCUUUUUGAUGGGCAUGCAGCAGAAGGAUCUUCGAAAGCUGUGCGCCAGACUCCGCGAGGACCGUUUGAUCGGAGUGAGUACACGCGCUGAGCUCCGUGAUGGCUCUACUCGCCCUGUCAACCGUGAAUACUACUACAUACCUCUCCACCCCGUUGUCGAUGCGAUAAAAUACAAAGUCUCUAAAUUGACUGCCACGAUCAAAGCGCAGUACACCCCAAGCGAGGAGCGCAAGGAGUACAUCUGCCUCAGAUGCUCUAAAGAAUGGACGGAACUGGAUGUGCUGAGUCUGGUGGGAGAAGAGGGAUUUGAAUGUCAAAAUUGCGGGGCCGUGCUGGAACGAACUGAAGAUGUCAAGGGACUCGAGGGCGUUGAAAGUACGGGACACGAGAAGAACAGCAAGCUGAUGGCACAGCUAGACAACAUGCUGAAGCUGCUGAAGCAGAUUGAUUCCGUCGAGAUCCCGCCAAAUGACUUUGAAACGGCUUGGGAUCACAAGGUGGAGGUUGCCCGGAACCAUAACACACAUCCAGUCCGGGCUGCGAUCGCUGUUCCACCCAAGGCACAGGACAUCACACGCCCCAACGCGAAGACAGAUGCAAGCGCGUUGGAAAUCUCUCUCACCUCUAGUGAGGAGAAGAGUGCAGCUGAGCAGGCCGACGAAGCCGCUCGUAAGGCGGCAGUCGAAAAGCAGAACGCUCUUCCAGUUUGGCACACCCACUCUACGGUCGAUGCGAACAACUCUGGAAAUACUCAGGUCAAGAAUGAGGCUGGCCAGUUGGUGAAACCCGAGCUUGCCGAUGAGGACCAGAAGCCCAGUGUAGAUGCAUUGGACGACAAGGUCGCAGCAUACUAUGCGGAGAUGGAACGUGAGAAGGCACUCCAGGCCCAGCAAGAUGCCAGUAGCGCAGACGAAGAUUCCGACGAAGAGGACUUUGAAGAUGUUUCUGGUCCAAGCGGAGCAGGGACGCCUGCUGCUGCCGGUGGACCCACGAGUGCCCCCGUCCCGUCUUCUGGGGGUGUUGGCAUAAAGCGCGAGCUUGACUCUGGUUCCAGUGCGCCUCAGUCUUCUGUUGGAACUCCGUUCACCCCUACAGAAGAUGGCCCAUCAGCGAAGAAAAUCAAGGUCGAGCCAGAAAUCAAGCCUGAUCCUGACGUCAAGACCGAACCUCAGAUCAAGACUGAGCCUGAUGCAAACAAGGAUGCUGAGGAAUCGGAUGAGGAUGAAGAAGAAUUUGAAGAUGUUUAA